GUGGCGGCCGGGCACGCCACUCGUCCUGCGACCGCCCCGAGCUGCGCACGUCGCGACACGCUUGUCUCCCAGGCGCUAUCGACACACGCACUCAAACAUUGUGCACCAACUCGAACUGUACCUAGUAUGUGCUAAGUGAAUUAACGAUUGCCAAUAUGAAGGGCCGUCACCAGUUCAGGCGCAGAUUCAGUCUGCAACCGUCUUUUAUGAAAGAGGAUCAUGAGGAGGAGCGGAGACCACACAGAACUGAGCGGACGGAGGACACCGUGUCGAGCAGUGGGAACCUCACCAACAACGCCGUGCGACAUAAAAUAGUAGUUUUAGGAGCUGCAAAAGUUGGCAAGUCGUCGCUCAUAUCACAGUUUCUAUACAACACAUUCUCGCCGAAGUACAAGCGAACUAUAGAGGAGAUGCAUCACGGGGACUUCAACGUGUCGGGCGUGAGGCUAACGCUGGAUAUACUAGACACGUCGGGGGCUUACGAGUUCCCGGCGAUGAGGACGCUCUCCAUGCAGUCCGCCGACGCAUUCAUACUGGUGUACGACAUCACUGACGCGAACAGCUUCACCGAAGUGCGGAUGCUCAGAGACCAGAUCCACGAAACCAAAGACAGCACGGCCGUUCCUAUUGUCGUAGUCGGCAAUAAGGUAGACCUAGCGGAAACUGGCGCCAGACAGGUUGAAUUUCACACGACGGAGUCUGUAGUAACCGUGGACUGGGAGAACGGGUUCGUGGAGGCUUCCGCGAAGGAUAAUCUGAACGUGUCUCAGAUCUUCAAGGAGUUGUUGGUGCAGGCUAAGGUGAAGUACAACUUGUCGCCGGCGCUGCGCCGACGGCGGCGGCAGUCGCUGCCUACCGGGCCGCAGGGCGCGCCGGGCUCCAGCCCCACGCCGCCCGCGCAUGCGCCGCACGUGCCGUCGCCUGCGCAGCUCGCGCACCUCCAGCAGAUCCGCGAGCGACACAACAACAAGCGCAACUCUUGCGUCAUCUCUUAGAUCAGAGCGCGGCUCGCGACUAGGUACACCAUUAGUUAAGGACCUCGGGUAACUUUCGAAUUUUCUAUACGUACCGAUAAUACAACUAUUUAUAUGAAACUCUCAUUAAAGUGGACUUUGUAUUAGAUGUUCAUUAACUAAACUGUCGUCGCUAUCUUCUUCGGCCAGCCUCUUAAAUAUAUCUCAGUGAUAACUUUCAAUCUAACACAUGAUUGUGCUUUCAAAAGUAUUUCGUUUUAAAGAUUUUACUGUUCAAAAUCAAAUUAUCACUUAUAAUACGAGAUAACUGUAUUGAAAAUGGUUCCAAGUUAAGUCCCCUUAGCAAUAUUUGUGACAGUUCCCGUAUCAUGAGGUUUGUGACGAGGUGUUCACAAGCAUACGUCAUCUGUGUCGUCCCCGCCCAGUUCAUCGUUCCACUAAUUUACGAUUAUGCUAGGCAAUAAAACGUUUCUUACGUGAUAUACUUAGAUCCAUUAAGAUUUGUCCAUUCCUUCGUGAUGUUUCUACUUUAUAUGUGUAUAUCUAGAUAAGUAGUGGAAAUAACGCCAACAUACUAAAUAUACCUUUAGAUUUAAGUCAUAGUGUACUACAGAGUGACAUUGUAGGGAAAAGUGAUAAAGUAGAAGUGACGGGUAUUCGUGACUGGUUUAUACUUUAGGUUUAUAAAGAUUUUCUAACUUAUUGGUAAGAUAUAAAGACGUAGAUUUGAGUGAAAGAGGAUCCAUGAAACGACUGAGUGUUCCGCAAAUAUAUCAAAACAAACGAAAGAUAAUAAGUGUUGGUAUUGGAUCUGUGUUCGAUAAUAUUUGUGAGAGGUGUGUGAGGCCGUGGGCCGCAAGGGUACAAUGAUCUCGUUACACAAAUUACUGCGGAAAGAAUAAUGACCUAAUGAGGGUACGAGCCACAAAUGUGGUAACAAGAGCUAUCCGAUUACUUAGCUAUAUGAAUCGUUACAUAUACCUAAUACCAGUUUGCCAAACAGUAUUAAUGAAUUUGUGGAUCGUAUAUCAAUAUUUAUAACUAAUUGAUAAAACUUUCAUUCCAAGUGUAUUAGAAUAACGUGACUUGUAUAUUGUAAUUGUUUCAAUACUGUGUACUAUUUUCUGACUUAAACUGAAAGUGUUAGAGUAGGGGUAACUUUUAUCAUAACUUUGACAUUAAGACAAAAGUUUGUCUCUCAACCAGUUGAUUGUAAUAGGUAAGAACUUAUAUAAUUUCAUCUGAGAACAUAAAGUUAUGCUCAGAAGUUAUGUACUAAUAAUAUUUUAUAUAGUCAUAAAAAUAAUGUAUAUGAUUCAGACAUAAAUGACAGAAAUUAGGUAUGCGACAUGAAUUUAGGUGCCCGAAAAAAAUAAUAAUGUAUCAGUAUUGUCUGUUUUAUUUAAAUACCUAUAUUUACUAUAUUUUAUUGUGUACUGUUAAAUUCAUGUUAAUCAGGGCUUGAAAUAAUUUUUAUUUUUUUGAAAUACAUUAGAAAAAGUUAAUUGUUUUAUACUAGUAACAUGUUUAUUAGUGACACUACAAUUGCCCGUUAGAAAUGAGGGUUGACCAAAAACCCCUUAAAGCCAUAUAGAUUCCUGAUAAAUAAUGAAAUAUUACUGGUAAAAUGUACGCGUUAAUCAAAAGGUGUUAACUAAAUACAUUUUCGUGUAACACCUGCAACCCUAAUCUGACCCCAAUCUCCUCGGAGAAGUAAUUAAUUAUUCAGAUUACACUUACAUCUUUUGCCACCCCUAAUUAAUAAUAUACCAUUAAUGUAUUUCCGUUCUAUAUUUAUAUUUUUUCAGUAAAUAAAGUAACUUUUCUGUAUCAGAUGUAUGAAAAAAUCUUAAAUUAAUUACGACUCUAAUAUUUCAAAUUAUAUGGAUGUGCCUUUUUUAAAAGAUUAGUCUUCUUAGUUAGUAGAAAAUUGUAGAUUUCGUUGAAUGAAUUCAAAUAUAUUUAUGUCUGUUCGCUUACUUCUAUUUCGUUUCAUACAUAUGUAGUUUUAAUGUUAGUUUAAUAGAGAAAGGUUAGAUGUAAAUCUACAUAUAUUAUAUUUAUAAUUGAAUUUGAGUAAUAUUGGAUAACAUUUAAAGAAUAUGUGGUCUAUCAAUGUUUGUACUUUGACGUACUUUUAGCAGCGGUCUGUGCACAUUUACUUAUGAAGUUAAACAUAGCAUAUUAUGUGUAAGAGAUUUUUUAUGAUCCUUUGUAUAAAUAUAACGGAACUGUUCGUAGCACAGAUGGAUUUGACAAGUGUAGUGUGUGUAUAGGUGUUAAUUUUCCACUCAGUUUAAUAGUCACGUACUUAUCUAAUGUUUAUAUUAUUAUAUGUUUCAAAUACAGGUAUUUACUUCAACAUUUGUACCGAUGUAAUAAAAUUGUCUCUGAAUAAAAAUAACUAACUUCUGAAAAGUGGUC